GUGUCUCCUCGGCCGUGCUGGAGGUGCACGUGGGGACAGGCUCGGUGUUCUCAGUGGAGGGGCAGCAAGUGGUGCUGCCAGCUUGGUACACCAGCCCCUCCCAGAAUAAGCCCUACGUCACCUGGCUGCUGGACAAGGAUGAUGCUGACCCCUUCCAGAUCCUGACAUCCAUGAACGGGGUGGUGAAGGUGGAGGAGACGGAGCUGAAGCCCCGCGUGGGGUUCCUGUACCCCAUCCUCACCCACAACAUCUCUGUGUUCAUCAAUGACACUCGGGAGCGUGACUCGGGGCAGUACAUGUGCACCGUCAACGUGCUAGAUGACAACACCAGCAUGGGCAGGAACAUUGGCAUCAUCAACCUCACUGUCCUGGUGCCGCCGGCCACCCCCACCUGCCAGCUGCUCGGCAACCCCAUUGUGGGGGCCAACGUGACCCUGGGCUGCUCCUCCAAGAAGGGGAAGCCCUCACCCAUGUACCAGUGGCAGCGCACGGCCCCCACCCUGCAGAUCUUCUUUCCACCGGCCCAGGACCGGGCUAGGGGCACACUCAAGCUGACCAAUCUCUCCCUGGAGAUGUCGGGGAUCUACAUCUGUGCAGCUGAAAACAGAGCAGGGUUUGCAGAGUGCAGCAUUGUCCUGGAGGUGCACUCAACUAGCACCAAGGCAGUCAUCGCUGGUGCCGUGCUGGGCUCCCUGGGUGCCCUCGCCACCAUCAUCUUCUUUGCCCAGCGCGUUGUUGGCUACAGGAGGAAGAAACGUGACAGCCAGGAGGAAGGAGCCAACGAGAUCAAGGAAGAUGCUGUGGCCCCCAAAACACCGUCAUGGGGGAGGAGCCCUGCCUCGGACACCCUCUCCAAAACCAGCACCCUGUCCUCCAUCGCCGGCCCCCGGGACAGACCCUAUGGAGCCAGACCGCCCUCCGACACCGCCUCCAUCCUCACGGCCACCG